GUCGGAUUUGCAGCUGAUGGGGCAAAUACAAUGAUGGGGGCGCAUAAUUUACUAAAAACACUUUUAGUUAAUGACAACCCUGAUCUUUAUACCAUGAAAUGUAUUUGUCAUUCUUUAGCAUUAUGUGCUUCUUUUGCAUGUGAAAAAUUGCCAGAUGAUCCAGAGAAGCUAGUUAAAAGUAUUUAUUCAUAUAUGUAUCGCAGUUAUAAAAGACAAUCAGAAUUGCGUAAAUUUCAAUCAUUUUUUUAAUAUUAAACCUCAUAAGCUGUUGCAUGCUUCACAAACAAGAUGGCUGUCCUUGAUUUCCGCUGUUUCUAGAAUCCUUGAACAGUAUGAUGCUCUUCAGCAUUACUUUAGAGUCGAAUAUAUAUUACCAACUUUUACGAAUUUAAAUUUAGAAUUCCAGUCAGAAAAACCAAAAAUAUGUAACAUUUACCCCCAAAUGUUGAGCGCCUAUUUAGAAUAUAUUCAAUAUCAUAAUCCGGAACAUUUUCUUUCAAUUGAUGAAAUUUAUUUGGGUCCCAAAGCAGCUGCAGAACUGACUAAACAUGGAUUAAAAGAAACCGUUAGAAAUAAUAUUAAAACAAAAUGUCUGAAUUUUUAUAUUGAGGCAGUUGAUCAACUACACAAACGAAUUCCUUUCAAUUCUCGUGAAACAAAAAUUCGUCAGUUGUUACUCACUAUAUCGAGUCCUCCAAUUAUCAAAACAACGGAAAGUAUAGCACCUUUAGCCUUUUGGUUUCCAAAUCUUGUUAUUAACGAUAUUAAUACUCUAGACAGAGAAUAUAAGCAUUUAAAAUUAUCAAAUUUUGAUUUUUCUUUAGAUGAGACUGAAUUUUGGAAAGAAGUGUGCAAUGCGCAAGGGGUGAUAAUAGUCUUAUUUUUCCAGAGCUUGCAAACUUUGUAA